UGAAUAGUGUCGGCAUCAGUGCUGGGCAUAGAUCGAUGUGGGUGAAUCUAAAGCAGACGGACAGAUUAGAUUUAUCGUUAAUAGACCAAGGGAUCUACUGCUUUGUCCGAACUCUUCACGGAGGUACUCCAACUUGAAAUAGCGAAAAGAGGAGUAACUUUUCUCUCUCCAGACCGUUGCUUCAGUCCGCCUCUAGUGCUGUCACCACAAGCUGAUCCGCAAGCGAGUCCCGCCAAAUGAACGCAGAGAGUUGCACCUGGACUUCGCAGUAUCAUCGAUCUAGAGGCUGUGUCUAACACAACUUUCUCAAUCAUGGCAUGGAAGCAUUUCGGAAGCGCGUGCGGUGGGGGGCUGGACUAAAUCUUUUCUUUGACUGCUCGGUUCUUUCUCAGUGUCCAGUUCAGCUUCUGUCCUGCUUAAACCAUCUGUUGUUCCUUGUGUGAAGCUCUCAUGCCAUUUCUCGUGUGUUUAGUACGAGCCAACGACAUUGUUUUAGUGAUGGAAUGAUUCGGAGGGAUUGUACCAAGGUUUGCCGCAGUGGUUAACUGGAUACUUUCGUGUGUUUAUCAUGUUCGGAGAGAUGUAUCGCGGGAGCCUAAACCUGUGUGUUUUGUUUGGAUACAUCUUAUUCUUUAAUUCCUUUAUCGCCACCCGGAGUAGCAUUAUAGUAAACUACACUGUGUUUAGUCACCAGCCGGGCAUGGACGACCAUAACUCCACCGUCAGAUGGGUGGAUGGCGUGUCCUCUGCUGCACUGCCCGAACCGACCACCCAGCCGGAACUAGAUGUUGUGGAACAGUUUCUGGAGGUUGUUGAGCAAUACCAAACUGGAAAAGAAAACUGCACCCCAGGAACUCAUUAUAACCUCGGAAAGGGAGUUAUCAGACAGUACGGUCUUAAACGGUUCAAACGACAAGCCAUGGUGGCAGUAAACCGAGCUAACUUUCUCACAAGAAUAUGGAUGCAGGCAGCGGAUGCCGUGACUAGGUCUGAGUAUCUGUUUUACACGCAGGUGAGAUCCAUGGUUGAAGGUGAUCCCGAUAUUUUUGCAGCAGGAAAUUGUUACGAUAACUUCGAGUUUAAGAACUACCACCUGUUUUGCCCCUUUGCAUAUCGGACGGAGAAUGGGCAAGUUAACGUCAAGGACUUGUCAGUUGAGUAUGACUACCUGGAUAACAGCUCCGAGUGGUUCUACUCCGCCAGGAUGAAGGCGGGCAUGGUAGAGAACUUCAAUUAUACUUAUGGUACUGAGCAAUGGCGGUACAAUCAAACAACCCACGGGCCCUUCCUGAAUGACAGCAUCAUUACAGUGACGUACGGAGACGGCCAUUGGAGCCUGCCGUACUUCGACUGUGGCGGCGGCGACAUAUGGAUGAUGACGUACACUGUGCCUUUCUUUGGAUACAGAAAUGGAAGUUUUCAUUUCAAAGGGACGAGUGGAAUAGACAUCGAUUUACAGAAAGUGGAUAUUGACCAAUGUCCACUACAAGGGCAGUCAAGUGAGGAGAACGUGUUUGCUGGGUCAUCGCGAUGUACUCACGAGACAACGAGGUGUGAACCUCUUCCUGGGCGUGGCUUCCGUCGUGGCUCCUACUCGUGCUUCUGUAAAGAUGGUUAUUAUUUCCCCGAUAUAUCGGUUGAAGACAAGUUCUACAAAGGACAAGAAGUAGAGGAACAGUUUGCAAGAAAACGAAAAAGCAAGCCCAACACUUACGACUCGUUCAAGUGUUUAAAAUGCGCCCCUGGCUGUGACACAUGCAUUGAUUCAAGUCCGUGCGUUUUGACCUUGAACUGGAUUCAGAGGUCAAUAGAGCUGGCAGUAUCUGGCCUCAUCAUGUGUUUUAUCGCAUUCCUCGUCUGGUUCACCUACCAGUACAAAGAGGUCAAGGUAUUAAAGGCAGCUAGUCCCGUGCUGCUGAGAAUUAUUUUGCUGGGUGCAUUUUUUCUCUACUGUCCGCUCGUCGUGGGUUAUUUUGAAGCCAGUGUUGUGACUUGCUGUUUGCGGUUCUGGUUUCGUGAAAUUGGAUUUUCCAUAUCAUACGGAGCAUUGUUAUUAAAAACGUGGAGGAUAUCAGUUGUAUUCCGAGUGCGGUCAGCGGCGCGCAUCAAGAUCUCCGACGGUGACCUCAUCAAGCGCCUCAUCGUCAUCGUACUGGUGUUUGCCGCUUACCUCACAGCCAGGACUGUCGCAGGCAUGCCUAGAGUGGUGCAAGGUAAAGAUGUAAGCGGCCUCAAGGCAUACCAAUGUUCUUCCGACUGGUGGGAUCACUCCGCCGUAAUAGCGGAGCUGUUGUUUUUACUGUGGGGCGUGAGACUGUGUAUAGUAGUACGAAAAGCGCCGUCAGAGUUCAACGAAAGUCGUUUUAUAAGCUGGGCAAUAUACAACGAAUUUCUACUUUCUUUAUUUCUCAAUGUGUCAAUGAUAUUUUUGAAAGAUCCCUUCCCCACCAACCCUGACUUGUUAUACUUAGUGGUAUUUAUUCACACCCAGCUAACGACAACGGUCACCUUGGCGUUCCUCUUUGGUAGCAAGUGCUACCUUGUGCUGAAGUCCAGUUCUGGCCCAAAAGAACAACAAAACCAGCAACAAUCAACAAUGCUGAGUAGGGGCUCAAAAUACACCCUCGGGACCAAGCCAGCAACUGCCAUGACCAACACAGCGUCUUCAAACGGCUACGGAGACCGUGUUGACGAGGCGGAGUGCGAGAGCUUUCUGGAGAAGGAUAUACAGGUAGUUGUCUUGGAUAAGGACUUAAAGGAGGAGUUCAAGAGACUGUACAUGCAGCUUGAGACACUGAAACAGCGGAACAUGAAGAUAGGCAACCGUCACCUUCAGUACAAACUGUCCGCCAUGACCGAGGCUGCUCAGAAGGAUGACCUCCCUGACUCCACGCCCUCUACGCCUAACCUUAACGGCAAGAGGAUUAUAAUCAAUCUAGACGACUAUCAUGAAUCGACCAACGUAUAGCGACUGUUGUGUGUCACACGUAUUCGAUGCAAUAGUGUUCCUGUAUGUACAGACAAUAUCUGCAAUGAUGUCUUCGAGCAUGCCUGGAGAAGCGGAAGUUUUGUAUUUAGAAUUACGAAGACUGGAGCGUUUUUGCACACAUGUUGAAACGCUUCAUUCUGUUUGAAUGGACGUGUGAAUGACGUUUGCCGUGUUCUUCGCCAUUUUGAUGGCGGGUACGACCGACAGGCGACUACAGUAUUGUUAUAUUACCAAGAAUUAUUUCUUUGUAAUUUCCCCACGGUUUUUGUGUGUGAAUGCUUAUUACCGUACACGAAAUGUGUUGUUCCGAGUGUGGGAUUGUUUGCGAUCUCACAUCAAACGCGUUGUCUCAAGGAAAAACGCCAGUGUGAGAUUGUUUGCGAGCUCACCCCAAACGCGUUGUUCCAACGAAGAACGCCAGUAUGUUAAUGCGUGUGACUUCCCACGAAACGCGUUGUCCCAACGAAUAACGCCAGUGGGGAGUCAGAUAUUUGUGAUUUCUGUGCAUCUUUGCUUCCAUGGUAUUAACGGGUACCAGCCCGUGCCACUAAUUGCUCAACAUGAUGUAGACCCUAAGAUACCAACUUCACGCAGCUCCAGCUUCGACCCCUAAGCUGAAUGCGUGAAAAUCAACGUCUUGCUUGAACACGAUACAACCCAUUCGUGACCAACUCGUUUUAUUCCGGAACAAGCCGAAUAGCGACUCGUGCCCCUCUCGUGGCCAUUUUUGCGACCGGGUUCCGUCUUAGCGCAAACGGGCAUACCUAAAACAAAUGUCAACUCGUUGCGUAAUGGUUCACAUAUAUUUCCAAAUAAAGUAUAUAUAUUUCAGAUGCAAUUUAAAGCACUUCUGGACACGCGGAAUUAUAGAGUAUGAUUGAACACAUAUAACUGUGUCUUGGGUUUGUUUUUAGAUGCAAGACAUAUGUAAAAUCAAAAAGUAUUUUUGAGGGAUUCUUUGACGAAGAACUUGAAAUCAUACGCGCAUUCUGAUUGGUUCGUCGUAUUUUCGCACAUAACUUUCAUCGAUAGGGGGACGAGUCUGCUUGCAGGUUACGAAAGGGGGCGAGUGGUGACGAAUGGAUACAACCAAUAUUAGCACAUACAUUGUAACGCUAGAAGGUUGGUUUACUUGAUUUCUUGCAAUGUAUAACUACGCAUUUGAUUGAACACAUGACUCCAAGAUGACACCAUGUGUCGUUAGGAGUAUGACUAAUAAAGCACAAUGUAUACAUUCUCAGGCUUGGACACUGCAUGAAUUAUCCACCGCUGUAUACAGCGAAUAUAAGUCCAGAUUUUUUAUAAAUUGCUGUCAGAAGAAAGUAGAUUGUCUUUUCCACAUAGAUCGUAGUAAGGAUUCAAGAACAUUCCUCAAACAACUUUGAUAUGUUUUAAUGCCAAAAAAUGUAACGUUUUGGACCGAUCACUAUGUUAAUCGUUUGAAAAAAAGACCUUUGGGUCUUUCCUCGAAGUUCAAGUCUGGGCUGAGGCUAUUGUGUUCCUAUCGUGUAGUUUCAUUGUACCAGUUGUAACAUCAUCAAUACUUCACGGAGAUAUGUAUAUACACUACGUUCUUCCAUCACGUAUAUGCAUACAAACGGCCGAUGUGCGGUCUGCAAGUGUCACAUUGUAAUCAACCAAUGAAAAGAGACCAUGGAGAAAUCACGGAAGUCAGACGCACUCCGUGCAUCAACUUUGUGCGAACCCUACCCUGAAGAGUACACAUGAGCGCAAGGCUGGCACUGGGUGCACGAGAAAUAUUGCCGUUGUAAUCUGAGCGCUCAUUGGUCAGAACACCCGCUGGACGCCGGCCGUUGCUGCAUGGAACUAGACCCAUAGCGUCAGUAUGUAUUCACAGGUUAUGGAGGAACGUUGUGUGUACAAGGCUAUGGAGUAUUGCCGAUGGAACUGUAACGAAGUUUCAUCUGUGUCCUUAAACGUCAGUUGUUGAACUGGUGCUGAAAAUAUCUAUCACUUUCAAGUCAAAUAUAUGACCUAUUGACUCUUCAGGAAGUUCAUGCUCCUUCACUGCAAAUACUCAACCCUGAAUAUACGUCAGUAGAUCCGUGUGUGUUAUGAAUGAACGAGAGAAAUUAUACCUUAAUAUCUGUGAAUACUCUGUAUUAUUAAGGAAUUUCAUGUGUACAUAUAGCGUUGACCUUAGCAAUGACAGUACAAGUUUGUAAUAUUGUUUUAGUCAAUAAAUGCACUUAAAUAUGCAUACAUGCAUUAAUUUUGAUACCCAUGUCAAUUGAGCACCGCUAGUCAGUAUUGAUUUUUCCAUGUCCCACCGUCUGUAUGAUUCUGUUUUGCUUAUAUAUUCAAACGUCUGUUGAAAAAAACCCACCAACGAGCAAGACCUCACAGAAAAUAAGUUGGUCGUAUGUUAGCUCAAGUAGUCCGCUCUUCCGAAUGGCAGUGUUACUUUUGAGAACUACACUACUCGUCUUUAGUUAGGGAUACAAUGAAGCGCAAGCGUGUAACGUUGCGACAGCGGUGUUCUUCUGAUUGACGUCAUGAAUGACCUUCACACCGUGGGCUCAUCCGGAAAACUCGAGAUGACACCACGCGUGUGACACGCCAACACUGGGUUCUGUCUUCCCCAACGACCCCUUUUCAAAAAGAUGACAACUGUCAUCACUCCUCAAUCCUCAGUGAGUUCUCCAUACACAUGGAGAAAGGUGAAGGUCAACCUACCAUGGCGUCAAGUCGGUCAGCGUGAAGCUGGACUUCAAUACCAAUUUAUGUAUCCUUAGCAAAAGACGAGUAAAUUACAUCCUGGUGACUGUGACUAAAUAAAAAAAAAACGUUGACAGCUGAAGUCGUAAUAUAUGCUUUAACUGUUACACAAUAACUGUCUGAAAAGGUGCUAUUUUGAUGUAUCUCACGGAUUCCCUGCGAGCUUUAUGCUUCAUUCUUGAAAUCGUACAUUACUUUAGUGCCACAGCCAGCUCGCCGUCUAAUGAUGUCUGGAUUAAACAAACAAGUAAGAUCUCCGAGGCACGACGGGAAGCCGUUGUGAAAGUACCCGUGAACUAAGGAUGGUUCGCCAUUAUUAUCUGUUAUUAAAUAACGUUGUUGGUUGAGAAGAAAUUUAUUUACGUUUUGUCACCUGAAAGUAACCAUUGUUUGUUGCCUGUGUUGUUUGCCAUCAUCCUUACCCUGUACUAUACUCAUCAUGUCAUCAUGGCGACACAUCAUUGUAUGCAAUUCUCACCACUGUAUAUAAUAACGCAUUCUCAAAUAAAGGAUUUUGUUUUUCA